CGUCCUCACAAACCGGAAGUGUGAACAAGUAUUUCCACUGAGCACUUUUUGUCCCACCGUUGUGCUUUUCCCUCCGAACUCUCACGCAAUUUAAUUACGAACUUUUUCAUUAUUACGGUUACCCGUAAAACAAGCUCGUUGUUUUAAGUUUCGUUCUUCAUUUUUUAAAACCCCACCCGAGUUUCCUGUCCAGACUCAAACAGUGCACUGUCUCUUUAACGGAAGGGGGCGCCCGCGCAGCUGGAGCCCUUACGUCUUCCAGUUAAAACCUCCGUUAACUCGUUUGUUCAUUCAUAAACGAAACAUGGUUCGCCGCAUUUGAUUUUUUUUUCUUCCCCUCCUCAUUCAGUGGACCCAAUGCGAGGGGCGGGCAGGAGCCGGAUAGGUUCAGCUCGGCCUGGAAGUCGACGGAGAGCGCAGAAGUCACUUCUUCCAUGGCUGAGCCUCGCGGUGCUGUGACUUCAUGAGCGAGCCGUCAGCAGCAGCAGAAGGCAGCGCCGUCCAUCCCGGAGCCCAAACAUGCUCGUUUCCCCGCUGCGUCUGACGAACUGUGCGCGCUUCCGCUUAUCCCGAGUCACCUUGGAUAAAUAGUUUUCCGCUUCCGUUCGACUUCUUUAUUUUUAUUUUUGAUAUUUCUAACACAUGAGAAUACAUCAAAGAAGCGGCGAGGCUUGGAUGGAGCAUUGAGGCAUGGCAGCGAAGGAGGAACUGUAUGCCAAAGUGACUCCUCGGAGGCAGCGGCAGAACCGGCCAAGUACCAUCAAACAUGGGUCUACUCUGGACGUGCUGCUGUCCAUGGGCUUCCCCAAGACCAGGGCCCUGAAAGCUUUAGUUUCAACAGGAGGCAAAAAUGUCCAGGCUGCCUGCGACUGGCUAUUCUCACACUUGGACGACCCUUUCCUGGAUGACACUCUGCCAAGAGAGUAUGUGCUCUACUUGCGACCCAGUGGGCCGCUGCUUCAGCAGCUCAACAACUUCUGGAAGCAAUCUCGCCUUUCCUGUGGCAAGAACAAGGCUCACAACAUCUUUCCUCACAUCACCCUCUGUCAGUUCUUCAUGUGCGCUGACGAGAAAGUGGACGCUCUGUCCGACGCCCUCCAGAACACCGUGACCAAGUGGAAGGGUCGCAUACGUAUGCCCCUCCCCCUGGAGCUCUACACCUCCUCCACCUUCAUCGGCCUGUUUGUGGAGGAGCAGAUUGCUGAGAUGCUGAAGACUUUCGCUGCUGAUUUUGCCACUGAAGCAGCUUCCAAAGCAGAUGUUCAUGUGGAGCCGCAUAAGAAGCAACUUCACGUCACGUUGGCGUACCACUUUCAAGCCAGUCACCUCCCGGCUUUGGAGAAGUUGGCCAAAAACGUGGAUGCGUCUGCAGGCUGUGACUGGCUGGCUGUGCUCCUGUCCAGGGACAUCCGCUUUGCCAACCAUGAGACGCUGCAAGUCAUGUACCCGUAUGUGCCUCAGAACGAUGACGAGUUGGAGCUGUUGCAGGGAGACUUCAUCUUUAUGUCUCCGGUGGAGCAGAGCACUGCCAGUGAGGGCUGGGUGUAUGGCACUUCGCUAGGCACAGGGCUGUCUGGUCUACUCCCCGAGAACUACGUUAGUCGUGCCGAUGAGUCCGACACGUGGGUUGUCCAUGGGUCUCACUCCUUUCUCAACUGUGCCUCUCCAUCUACCUCUGGUACCACUGUGAGUGGGCUGUUAUUCGACGGACACCUAAAUGACAGCCUGUUCGACAGUUUAAUGGAUCCUUCCGGCCUCUCAGGCCUCUGUCCUCCUUUACAGGUGUCAAGACCAGGUUGUCAGCCCUCCUUGUCCAAGAUGAGGCUGUUUGUGUGUCGCCACGGUGAAAGGAUGGACGUGGUGUUUGGCAAACACUGGGUCACUCAGUGCUUUGACUCCAAAGGUCGAUACAUCCGCUCUAAUCUCAACAUGCCGGUCAGCCUGCCAGCAAGAAGCAAUGGACACAAAGACUAUGAGAAAGACUGCCCCAUCACUGUCUUUGGCUCCACCCAGGCACGUCUCGUAGGUGAAGCCCUGCUUGAGAGCCACACCAACAUAGACUUUGUUUACUGCUCUCCUUCUCUUCGCUGCAUCCAAACUGCUCAGCACAUCCUGCAGGGUCUCCAGCAGGAGGGAAAGACAAAGAUCCGUGUGGAGCCUGGCUUGUUUGAAUGGACCAAAUGGGUUUCAGGCACGUGUUUACCCACCUGGAUCCCUCCGGCUGAUCUGACCGCUGCAAACCUGAGUGUUGACACAACAUACAGACCUCACAUCUCCAUAAGUAAAUUGGCAGUAUCCGAGUCCUAUGACACCUAUAUCAGCAGGAGCUUCCAAGUGACCCGAGAAAUCUUGACAGAGUGCAAAAAUCUGGGAAACACGGUCCUGAUUGUGGCCCACGCUUCCUCCCUAGAGGCCUGCACGCGUCAGAUCCAAGGCCUCACCCCCCAAAACUCCAAGGACUUCGUCCAAGUUGUCAGAAAGAUUCCUUACUUGGGGUUUUGUGCUUGUGAGGAGCUGGGAGAGACAGGGGUGUGGCAGCUGGUCGACCCACCCAUCCUGCCUCUGACACAUGGACCAAAUCACAGUUUCAACUGGAGAGAAAUGCUAAUGCAAGACUGAAGGACAUGCUGUCCGCUCCUUUAUUCUCAGCCUGGACUGCUGAACAUUUAUUUAUUUUUUUUUCUUCUACAUCGCUAGAAUUCCAAUCUAACCACCAAACGGACAAAAAAAAAAAGACAGUUCAGCUUCCAUUAAAGACAUUGUGCAAAAAAGAGUAAAGAAAUAAAGCAUUGAUAAAUGUAUACAAAAAUUCUGCUCAGGAAGAGGAAAAUAGAUUUUGCAUGGAGAUAUUUCAGCAAUAGGAGCUGCAGAUUUGGAUAUGUAUCUUGAGAGGUGAUGAAUCUCUGGAGGUCAGUCUGUGGCCCCUGCUCAGGAAGCGAGGGGUGCCUUCUCACUGUGAGAGUGGGCGGAGAAAGACCUCAUAAUAGUUUUUCCAGGUAUCACAAACGAUCAUUAAACUUGUAGCGACAAGUCCCCUUGUAUUAAAGCACAAAGAAAGGUAGACAAUCAGACAAGGGAGCACUGAUCUACAUUGUUUCUUGAUGGUAAGAAGGCAAAUUUAUUACCAUGUUUAAUAUUCUUGUAAAUGUCAUAUCAUUGUCUUCUGCCUACUUUAUCUAUACUCUUCCAGCCAAAUUAGUAUUUUAACUCAUGUAAGUCAUGAGAGUUUACCAGAAGGAGAUCAUUUAACCACAAUAAAAUGAAUAAGAUGGUGUCAGAUUAUGUCUAUGAGCCUCAGCUUAAAGUUUAGCUGUAUUUAUAAUGAUCCUGACGCACUGCAGCCUCAUAAUCUCAUUGCUGUUCAGAUGCUUGGUGCAUUUCAUUUCUUUUUGGCCGCAUUAUGGUUGAAGUUCACAUUGCUUUUACCAGUUAUUUCCUGUAUGACUGCAAAUUUGUUGAUAUUCUAAAAAUGAAUAAAGCCAAAUUGUGGCGUAAGGAACCCCUGCA